AUGAUGAGCUGCCUGGGGAGCAGGGCCCUGGCCCUCCUCUUCCUCAUCUGUGUGCUGCUGUGUCUGUCAGGGACUGCUCCACCGGGAGCCAGCCUGGCUGGGCCAAGGAAGCCGUUCUUCGAGAGGCUGCGUAGGCUAGAAGAGCAGUUUCACAGACUACAGGAGGUGACCCUGACACACCUGCAGGCCAUUGCUGACAACUACAGUGCAUCCCUAAGUGCCCAGGCCCAGCUCCGGGCCACGGCCACAGCAAUGAACCGGUCGCAGGCUGCUGUGCAGGGGGACCUGACUCGCCUGAAGACACAGAUGGGUGAGUCACAGCGCAGGGGCAGGAUGGUGGCCAGGCGGCUGCACGCCUUGGAGCUGGCCUGGAACCAGAAGGGCCCACAGAGGAUGCAGGCACAGAAGGAUGCCAUCUCGGGCCUGGGCCUACGGGCACUACAGGAUGCGCUGGUCCGCCUGACGCAAAGUGUCCACAGCCAGGACACCAGACUGGCUGCCCUGGAGGGGUGGCUGCCAACAGCCAACGCCAGCCCCAUGGCCCUGGGGCAGAGCCCAGCCGAAGCCCCGGCACCACCUACGCUGGCAGCCCCGAACCUCCUGAAGCCACAGAGCGGCAGGCAGGGGCUGCCUGAACCCAAGAACCCGGCUCAGGACUUCAGGGCCCAGGGACGCCGCGGGCCAGGCAGUCACCAGGUGCUCAGUGAGGCUGCCCUGAAGGACCCUGCCCAGUGGGUGCCAUCCCUCCAGGAGCCAGGAGAGGUUUGCGACGUGGGCCCCAUGCUCAUCUUCCCGAACGCCUCCACGGAGAAUGUGGUCUUCCUUGGGCCCGGCUUCCCCAUGCCCUUGCGGGCCCUGUCCUUCUGCAGCUGGCUGUGCACGGCCCCUGGCCGCCUGGGCACCCUGCUCUCCUACGCCACCCAUGACAACGACAACAAGCUGGUGCUGCACGGCCGCGACUCCCUGGCGCCCGGCACCAUCCACUUGGUGAUCGGCGACCCGGCCUUCCGGGAGCUGCCCCUGCAGCCCCUGCUGGAUGGCCAUUGGCACCAUGUGUGUGUUAUGUGGACAUCCAUCCAGGGCAGGUACUGGCUGCAUGUGGACCGCAGGCUGGUGGCCACAGGCUCUCACUUCAGGGAGGGCUAUGAGAUUCCCCCUGGAGGAUCCCUGGUGCUGGGCCAGGAGCAGGACCACGUGGGGGGCGGGUUUGACAGCUCCGAGGCCUUUGUGGGGAGCAUGGCCGGCAUGGCCAUCUGGGACCGGGUGCUGACCCCUGGGGAAGUUGCAAGCCUGGCCCUGGGGAACAAGCCCCCAGUAGGUGCCAUCCUGACCCUAGCUAAUGCCACUUCCCCCGGUAGGUUUGUGCAGAGGGCUAGGUGGGUCUGCCCGGAGAGCUGCCCAUGGGUUCCAACAGGCUCCGCAGAGCCCUUCUCUGGCAGCCCCUGCCUGGGGAGCCCAGUAGCCCUGGAGGCCAGUGUGGGCUGA